GACUCGUCGUUCAACAUGUUCGACAGCGACUCGGAUAUUCUUGAGCUAGUCUGCGAUGAGCCUGCGCCCAAGCUGCCCAGGGAAAUCGCAGAGUCUGGCCUACGAGUCCGAUACCGGCGAGCGAGACAUUCCCACAGGCGAGAAUUUCAAAGAGAUGAAGCCAGUAACAGAUUCAUCCGUGUCCGGAACGGCAAGGUCAUGAACCGCCAAGGCCGCCCAGUCUGCCGCAUCAUGAGCGCCGGGGGAUGGGAGAAGGAUAGCGUAUUUGUUCAGCAUCUCUGUCACCAUUGUCGCGCGCGCGAUGGCCAAUGAUCGUCAAGUUAUGCAGCGCGGGCGACUACACGCAUAACCAAC